AUGGAGCAAGCGGAGGAGCGCCUGCUGGACACGCUCGCCUACCUGCAGGGCUUCCUGGGCUGCGUGGUCCUCGUGCUGUUGCAGGUGCUGAGCUCCGGCUAUGGCCGGUACUCGUCGUCCUCCCGCCUCCACGUGCCCGCGCGGGCCGCCUGGGCGGUGCAGGAGCUGCCCGCGCUGGCCCUGCCGCUCUACCAGUGCGCCCUCGCACCCGCGCCGCGUCUCCAGAGCUGGCCCAACUGCAUCCUCCUGGCCAUGUACCUGGUCCACUACGUGCAACGGACCUUAAUUUACCCAUUCCUGAUUCGAGGAGGAAAACCCAUGCCUCUGUAUUCCUCUGUGCUGGCAUUCAUGUUCUGCACUUACAACGGCUAUUUGCAAAGCAGGUACUUGAGCCAGUAUGCAGUGUACACUGAUGCCUGGGUCACAGAUCCCCGCUUCCUAGUAGGUUUCGUCUUGUGGUUAAUGGGCAUGCUGAUAAACAUCCAUUCAGAUCAUAUCCUGAGAAAUCUCAGAAAACCGGGGGAGACUGGAUACAGAAUACCAACAGGAGGCUUAUUUGAAUACGUCUCUGCAGCCAACUACUUUGGAGAAAUCAUUGAAUGGUGUGGCUAUGCACUGGCCAGCUGGUCUAUCCAGGGUGGGGCUUUUGCCCUGUGCACAUUUUGUUUUUUACUCGGCAGAGCAAAGGAGCAUCAUACGUGGUACCACAAGAGGUUUGAAGAUUAUCCAAAGUUCAGAAAAAUUAUAAUUCCAUUUUUGUUUUAAGUGCAUUGUCAAUGAAAUGGUCUUCAACUUGAAGCUUUUCAAUGAUGUUUCUCUAGACUUUAUACAUAAAUUACAUUUCUGUAA